AUGACCACCCGCUCCAUGAACCAAAUAUACAAACCAAAACAACUUCACUCUGUUACGAAACAUCCUCUACCGGAGACGAUAGAACCAACAUGUGUGAGCCAAGCUAUCUCUGAACCUCACUGGCAUGAUGCUAUUUCCCAUGAGCUCACAGCCCUCAUGCAGCAUGGGAAAUGGGAAUUGGUUCCUCCUUCACCCCACUACAACUCAUUGGGCUGUAAAUGGGUAUUUAGAGUGAAGUGUAAAUCUGAUGGGUCUGUGGAUCGAUUUAAAGCUAGACUUAUGGCUAAAGGGUACAAUCAACGUCCUAGUGUUGAUAAUAAGGAGACAUUCAGUCCAAUAGUUUAA